GGGACUACUUUGGAAUUCAGUGGAAAUCCUAUUUAGAAAAGAGAGGCAUUCUGGAUGGAAAGAGCAAACCUCAGUUUCCAGAGUCCUACGGCGUGAAGGAGAGGGAGCGUUUCUAUGGGACGGUGAGCUUCGAUGGUAUGGGUGGCGCCAGUGGGCAUGAUGCUCCCAUGAUAGCUUACGAUGCCCUCCUGAAAGCAGGUGACUCCUGGGUUGAGCUGGCCAAUCAUGGCUUCUUCCAUGGUGGGGACAGCGACUCCACGGCCGUGAUCGCUGCUGCCUGGUGGGGCGCACUGUUCGGGUUCAGAGGGGUGCCAGAGAUCAACUACCAGAGGCUUGAGUACCGUGACAGGCUAUCCAAACUAGGGCAACGACUAUACGAGCUCAGGGGAAAACCUCUUGGAACUGAGAAACAGUGAUGUAAAUUAAUCCAAUAGAUGGUUAAAGGUGAAAUUCAUUACAUAUCCUGCAGAUGAUCAGUCAUUUCUCCUUUUUUGACACUAAUUUUGCAUCCUUUGGUUUUUUUAUUACAUUUUUUAAGAAUAUGACAGGAUCUGGAAAGAUUUAUAGAGGACUUAUGAUCUCAAACUGCAGUCUACCUACUGACUAGGAGAUGGAGCCAGAAUGUUCUGUAUAAUAACAAACAUUUUCUUUUAUGGCAACGAAAAAUGUUUAAUUACCUGCCUAUAAUCAAUCCUUCACUAACAUACAUUACUGCUACGGUUGUUGUGCUAUUUUUGUAGCACAUUAGCUAUGGCAGAGUGUAAAAACGGAUUGCUUUACUUCAGAUUAGAUUGAGGUUAUUGUGUAUAUCUUCAAAAUGAAGACUACAAGUACGGUGGUGACCAGAGGGUGGCAGUGUAACUUAACAAAUCACUCUUGAAACUCCCUCCUCUCUCUCUUUCUCUCUCCAUCUCUCUCUCUCAAUUCAAUUUCAAUAUAAGGUCUUUAUUGGCAUGGAAAACAUAUGUUUACAUUGCCAAAGCAAUGGAUAAUAAACAAAAGUGAAAUAAACAGUAAAAUAACAUUACACUCACAAAAGUUCAGAUAUCAUAUGUCUAUAUACAGUGUUGCAACGAUGUGCAAAUGGUUCAAGUACAAAAGGGAAAUAAAUAGAUCAAAUUUACAA